AUGAUUGUCAUAUGAAUAGCAGGGUAAUGUUCUAUGGCAAUAGUGUUUUAUAAGUGUAGGUUUACUACUAUAGUUUGUUUUUUUUCCUAUGGUUUUCACGCGUUUCAGAUAUGUCCGUUUAUUUUUCAAUACCACAAGUGAAAUAACUAUUGAUUCGCGUACUAACCUAACACUGUAAGUGUAAUCAAACGUUAUUAUUCUUAUAGAGUGUGCUCAAAUUGGUUUUAUUCGCCCGACGCUGGACAUCCAAAUUACUUAUACUUACCUAUUUGGACAUGAUCGUUCAAAGGACUGCAGUUCAUGAUUGACAACGAAUCAAAAAAAAAACAUCCAAAGUGCACGCGAGGUACUUACAUGGUUUUAGCUUAAUUUGUAUAUAAUUAGACUUAAUUAAAAAAUGGACAACAUUAGGAAGUUCGCCGCAUCCUCGGUUGUUUCGUCUUGUAAAUUUUUAUUUGUUUUCUGACAACUCGUGUUCAAUACCAAACAAUUAAUUUGGUUUGCAUUGGUCCAGUUCUCAUGUGUCUCAUUACCGAAGACUUGAUUAAAUACACUCAUGAUUAUUUGUUAACUUUACAUGGCAGAAAACACCUCCAUUUCCAAUAACAGUGGUAUUGUGGAAUUUAACCACCAUUUAGUCACUGAUCAAGAAACAAGGAUGAGUGGAUCUGGUGGAUCAAAUAGUGGUGGAACAUCAAUUGGUAAUCCAACUGCUAAUGUUGGCACUGUCAGUGUUUUAUUGCCAAGUGGUGGUGGGACAAAACGAAGAAGUGCUGUAGGUAAUAAUAGCUCUCACAAUGGUGGAUCUGCUUCAAAUUCUGCAUCUAUAUCUGCUGAUUUAGCAUCACUUUUUGAAUGUCCUGUUUGUUUUGAUUAUGUGUUACCUCCAAUAUUGCAAUGCCAAAGCGGACAUUUAGUUUGUAGUACAUGUCGACCAAAACUGAACUGUUGUCCAACAUGCCGUGGUCCACUUGGAAACAUACGCAAUUUAGCCAUGGAAAAAGUAGCAUCAACAGUCAUGUUUCCUUGUAAAUAUUCGUCAUCAGGUUGCCCUGUAUCAUUAUUACAUUCUGAAAAAGUUGAGCAUGAAGAAUUAUGUGAAUGUCGCCCAUACACUUGUCCAUGUCCAGGUGCUUCCUGUAAAUGGCAAGGUGGAUUAGAGCAAGUCAUGGAACACUUAAUGGUUGCACAUAAAUCUAUUACAACUUUACAAGGAGAAGAUAUUGUAUUUUUAGCAACAGACAUAAAUCUUCCUGGUGCAGUAGAUUGGGUCAUGAUGCAAUCAUGUUUUGGCCAUCAUUUUAUGCUUGUACUUGAAAAGCAAGAAAAAUAUGAAGGGCACCAACAAUUCUUUGCUAUUGUGCAAUUGAUUGGUAGCCGAAAGCAAUGUGAAAAUUUUGCUUAUAGGCUAGAACUUAAUGGUCAUCGAAGACGUUUAGCAUGGGAAGCUACACCAAGAAGUAUACAUGAAGGAGUUUCAACAGCAAUUUUGAAUUCAGAUUGUUUGGUAUUUGAUACAAGUACAGCACAACUCUUUGCAGAUAAUGGAAAUUUAGGAAUUAAUGUAACAAUAUCAACAAAUGUGUAAAGCACAUACAUUUUUGUGAAUUAGUAUCCAUGAAAAAUAAUGAAAUGUUUUUCUAUUUAUGACUUACUCCUAACAAACUAAUUAAAAUAUGAAUGUAAAUAAAAUAGAAAUUAAUCAACUGUGCAUUCUGGAGAGAUAACUAAUGUGUGAAUCGAUUUAUGGUGAGAAUAUAUAUAUAUGUAUAUGUAUUUCUGAUUAUUUAAAAAAAAAUCCAAUACUUGUAUCAUUUAGUUGACAACAUUUGUUAAGUAAUCAGCCUGAAAAUACAAUUUAAAGAUAUUUAUUUUUAUUACUGAGUAUCUUAGUUUUUUAAUAAGACUUGAGUACAUGCAUAUAUCUCACAUAUUCUGUAAAAUUAUAAC